AAAAUAAAAGAAAUAUUUAUAAUAUAUUCGACAAUAAAGAUUAAAGACAGCCUUCAAUUUCAUUUUUGAAACGCUCUCAUGGAACCGGAACCGCUUCAACCGUAUAAAUUCUGAAUAAUCAGUUCCGUUUUCAGACAAAAAGUUGUCACUUUUCUCUCUCUCUCUCUCGCUUUCGAUCACUCCCGCCGAUACAAUCCUCCGGCGGCUCAAAACCAAUCCACGGGUUUCGUUUCGUGAUGUCUGGGAUGGAUCGGAUCAGCGAGUUGCCGGAAUGUUUGUUAACUCAAAUACUCUCAUACCUUCCGACAAAUCAAUCGGUGCAGACAAGUGUUUUGUCCAAGAGAUGGGAGAAUCUGUAUUUAAGCGUUCCCGGUCUUGACUUAAAUUGCUCUGUUCUUCCUAAUUAUGAUGCUGAUGAAGUGAUCUUAAGCUUCUUAAGCUUCAUUGACAAGCUUCUCGAGUUUAGCCCUGAGUCAGUUCUGUUUAAAGUCAAGGUUCAGUGCAGAGACACAAUGAUAGAUGGGUUCAGGGAUCGGAUCGGUAUGAUGAUUGACCGGGGGACACAGCAUCUUGAUGUUGUGAGCAGUACCCAUUGUUUAGAGGACGACAAUUUUCACUAUCCUAUUGUUGAUAUGAUGCCUAUGAAUCUCUACACGAGCAAGACAUUGGUUUACUUAAAGCUCUCCUCUUCUGGACUUAUGGAUCCUGGUUUUGUUUCCAUGCCUUGUCUUAAAUUCAUGCAUCUUGAAGAAGUCAAAUGGCGUGUGCAUCUGGAGAAGCUUCUCUCAGGGUGUCCUGUUCUUGAGGAGCUGACAUUGUCGAGGGAUAUGGAUGAUGAUUAUGCAAUUGGGAAUGAAGAGUUUAUGGUUAUGCGUGUGAGGUCUCAGAGCUUGAAGAGGUUUAGUGUGCUGCCGCUUAGGCAGGCAAGGGAUUACCAUUCCAGAGUGGAAUGCACACUUGAGAUUGAUGCUCCUGGUCUUGAGCAUAUGAGUCUCGGAGAAGAUCAGUUUGAUAGGAUUGUGGUAAAGAAGCUGCCUUCUUUGUUGGUGGUUGAGCUUGAUAUCAAGUUCUUUGUCAAGGUUGGCGUGCUUUUUAAUACUUGGGACGUAUCAAAGAGCAAUGAGAUCCGUGAUUUUCUCAAUGGGAUAUCGAGUGUUGGACAUAUGAUCAUCUCUGGGAUGACAGUGCAUGCCUUUGAACAUUACUCAAAAGCAGGAAUCAUCCCCAAGUUCAACAACUUGUCCCGUUUACAAGCAGUGUUCCAUGGCAAGUUAUUGCAGUUUCUGCCAGCCUUUCUUGAGUGUUGCCCCAAUCUGAAGCACCUAAUCUUGAAGGUUCUUUAUCCAGAGGAGAUGGAUGAGGGAUUGGAACUCACAGAUGUUCCACGGUGUGUCUCAACGACUCUUGAGUGUGUUGAGAUUCAAGAAAAAUUACAGUGGGAGGAAGGGAAGAUGAAAGCAACAAGUUACUUUCUUGGAAACUCAGCAGUACUGAAGAAACUCAUUCUGAGCCCCACAGCUUAUGAUCCUCGAGAUGUUCUGGAAUCAGAAAUAUGGGAGAAGGUUAAUAAACUCACAAAACGUUCUACAGGAUGUGAAAUUAUCAUUCGAGCCAUGAAGGAGGAGGUCGUUAUCAUUUGAUGAGUCUUCUUCUUAGUUCUGGUUGGAUUCAUUUUUACCAUUGGUGCUGAUACAAGUUCAUAUUCAGUAUGACUCUGCAAUCUUCUCUUCCUUUUCUUUUCCAAAAGUCCUAACCUCAGUUUGUUGGAUGUCUUUUGGAUAAAUGAUGAUCUUGCAUUCCCAUAAAAUUUCAGUUUGGUUACU